UGCUCGCCCGUCACAAGUCCCACAUAUCCCCCCCCAGAGGAUAAGAAGAUGCCAUGGAGGCCACAGGAAGACCAGCGCUGUACGUCUGCUCCGUUCUGCUCAUCCUAACAGAGGUCAGCUCUGAUUUCAUUCACAUCCCUGUGCUGGUCCAUCACGGCAUCGAGGGGAAACCCCUGCUGCUGCCUGUGGAGACUCACUCUUCGCUGGACGAAGCCGAAAUCCAGGGAACUUGGUCCCAUACCAGGCCAAGCGGCACCAGGACCACGCUGGUCACGUUUACCAAAGAAGCCUACAUCACCAACAUGAUGUUCCGCAACCACCUCCACUUCAAAGCACCCAAUGUUUCUCUGCUAAUCCAGAAACUAAACCCGGACGACGAAGGGGACUAUCACCUGAGCCUCAACAUAAAGUUUCAUAACAAAACUGGACUGGUUAUCGAGGAGAAGACUGUUCAUGUGACAGUAGACGUCCCAGUGUCCACUCCGGUGCUUGACAAGAGCCCAUCCAACGCAGUCGUGGAAGACAAGGCGAACGUCACUUGGACUUGUUCGGUUGAGCGAGGAACAAGAGUUGUGUUCCAGUGGCUCAGGGAUAAUGUCACGCUGACUCCCAGUGACAGAUACCGCUUCUCCCAAGACAACUCGACACUGUUUAUCAGCCCCGUAAGGAAAGAGGACAAGGGAACUUAUCACUGUCUGGCCAGCAACCCAGUCAGUCAGGGCUGCCACAGCAGGGCCGUGGAACUCAACGUCUACUAUGGCCCCUACAACCUGGAGGUGAACUCCGUCCAGGGCCUGCGGACAGGGCCUGUGUUCACCAUCAACCCCGGAGAACUGGUCUUCUUCGAGUGCCAAGCUGACUCCAACCCACCCAACAGCUACGUCUGGAUCCGAAACGCGACCCAGGUCAUCACGGAGGGCCCGCGGCUGGAGGUGCGCUCCUACACGCUGGCCCAGACCGAAGACUACCUGUGCCGUGCCUUCAACAAUGUGACGCAGAAGCAGAAAGAGGCCCAGUUCACUCUGGUGGUGGCCAGCUUCGGAACAGGCAAAGAGAAGCACACCCAGGAAGGCAGCUCUGUGUCUCCGCUGGCAGCCAUCACCGUCUGCUCUUUGUUUGUCAUCGGCUGUAUGCUGCUCUUCUUCCUCAGGAGGACCUGCCACCCUAAGAGAGUCCUCCUGAGCAUUUACAACAAACCGUUUUCGGAGCAGAAACGACCACAUCGUUCAGGUCACGAAGAUGCAACAGAAGACUUCGGCAUCUACGAGUUCGUCUCCAUACCCGGGAAAAUGGAAUCUGCACAGGCGUCCUGCAGAUCUCUGGCUCGCCUCGAGUCCAUCCAGGACAUACACACCACCAUCUACGAUGUGAUCAGACACGUUCCUGAAACUCCCAGUCACAGUCUGCUGCAGUAACUGAGCUGAGAGUUGUUUCACUUGAAGACUUCUGUGUAGCUCCGUUCUCUUAAGUCUCUGUUUUCAAAGCCUCAAGCGUUGGUUUUGAUGGCCCAGUUUUUGUCUUUUUGCACAGGGAGGAGGGAGACUGGUGUGAGUACACAACCUGAUAGUGCACUGUUAUUGUCGAGAGCUUGGGACAGAUGUUAAAUGUAUUUUACUGACGUCAUUGUGAGUUGAAAACGUAUGUAUGGCUCGAUCUUUUUAUGUGAAAGUAUAAGUGAAGUUGAAACAAUUUUGCUUUGUUCCAUUUCAAAAUGAAGAUCACAUUAAACCAAACGAGUUAGCUGUAGGCAGUUUUGGAUCUUUUACACCUUUAAAGUCCUUCAAUUCUAACACUUUGAUUAUUAUUUAAAACACAGAUUUAAUUUAAAAUAUUAAUUUAACAUAUCUAAUUUAACAUUCCCUGCUAAGAGAGUAUGUUUUGUGAGAAGUGUUAAAAUGAAUGCAUUUCCUUGUAUGAAAUAUAUUCAGGUUAAUUGUAAAUAUUGUACAUGGAUUAUCCUGCAGAUUCUUUAUACAUAUUAUUCUAUUUCUAUGUUUUUCUCUAAUCUAUUUAUUCUUAUCCAAACUCUUAACCCUGUUUCCCCAAAUGUAGCAUUCUUCUCUGUUCUCUGAUGGAUGUAUCGACAAGUUCAAACAACAAAAAUGAUUAAUAAUUCCAAAAUUAUUGUACAGUUUGCAUUCACAUGUUUGUUUUGUACUUUAAUAAAGAUAUAACUGUUUACUA